AGGUUGCAGGAAUGAACAGAGAAUUGCUUUUCUGUUUUUACCACUGAAGGACACACUCCUAUUUGGGAUUUCGAGCUUCACCAAACCGCCUGUCACCUUGUGAAGAGCGGGGUGCCUUUGGAUUCCCCAAGGCCACCAUGUGCUAUGGCAGGUGUGCAAGAUGCAUCGGCCACUCUCUGCUGUGGCUGUCUAUCUUCUGCAUCAUAGCCAAUAUCCUACUGUACUUUCCCAAUGGGGAAACCAGGUUCGCCUCUGAGGAUCACCUCAGCCGCUUUGUGUGGUUUUUCUCCGGCAUCGCGGGAGGCGGGCUGCUGAUGUUUCUACCUGCCAGUGUGUUCAUUGCGCUUGAGGAAGAAGAUUGCUGUGGCUGCUGUGGAUAUGACAACUGUGGCAAGAGCUGUGCGAUGCUCUCUUCUGUGCUGGCAGCUCUGGUUGGCAUCAUCGGAUCUGGUUACUGUGUCAUCGUGGCCGCAUUGGGUUUGGCUGAGGGACCCCUGUGUCUGAACACCCAGGGCAGUUGGAACUACACCUUUGCCAACACCGAAGGACAGUACCUGCUGGACACUGACACAUGGUCUCAAUGCUUAGAACCCAACAACAUAGUAGUAUGGAAUGUCUCUCUGUUCUCCAUCCUCUUGGCCCUUGGUGGAAUUGAGUUCAUCUUGUGUCUCAUACAAGUCAUCAAUGGUGUGCUUGGUGGCAUCUGUGGUUUUUGCUGCUCUCGCCAACAGCAAUAUGACUGCUGAAUGGCGCCAACCCAAAAAAAGAAACCACACUCUUAUUCUAUCUCGCUGUAAUUUAUAUAUUUCACUUGUAUUGAUUUGUAAAACUUUGUACUAGUGUAUUAUAUUCCGUAUAGUCUACUUUUAUAAGCAUAUUUGGAGACUGGCCUCUCCACCCCAUAUCAGUGUUUAAACAUAGCACACCGAUGCCUUUUUUUUUUUUUUUUUUUUAAAAGAAUGAGACCGGCAAUCACAUGGGGAAGAUACUUUAUGGAACCACCAUGCUCAGUCUGUAUGGGAUAAAUUCCGGUCUAAAAUCAUGUGAUUGAGAAGCAUUACAGGGAUAAACAGCACAUUCCAAUGACUAUUGUAUAUAUGUGUUCACAUGUGUUUAUUAAACAAAAUAUUUCUAGUUUUUUUAACCAUAAAGAUGACCCUACAACUUUAAAAGAUGUUAGAUUUUUCUCCUUUUUUUUUUUUUUUUUUUUUUUACUGUUUAUAUGGUGUUUCCCAUUGGUGUAUGCCUGAAAAAUUCUAAGAAGAGACCUUUGAACUAUUAAGUAUUCUCUGAGAGCAGGUAUUUGCCAAAGGUUGGAGAAUGGAUUGGGUUCUCCAAACCAAGUGACUAGGUGAAAGCAUUAAAUACUGAGAGUCCUAUCCAAUUUAGAACUUUCCAAACCUGGGAGAAGCUUUUCUCGUUCAGAGACGAGCAGGAAGGACUAUCAUUUUAAAAAGAGAAAUGCCUAGACAAUAGAAGAAAGUGGGAAACGGAAUACAGCAGUUGGCGAACAUCAUAGAGAAAUGGGGUAGGGAAGGAGGUAUACCCCCAAUGCCUGUUUACAACAAAAUAAAAUAUUCAUGAUCA